AUGCGCCAUAUGAAUCGGAUGUUCGAACAGGAUUUUCUCUACGUAAAGACUGCAAUAACAGCCAUCAACAAUGAAUGGCAUGAAAUGUGGCUUUCCUUCAACAGAUUUCUUAAAGGAAUGAAGCAGAUGAUUGAAGACUUCAAUUGGGAUAUGAAACAUAGAAUGGAUGAAGCAAAGAAACAAUUCGACUACUACUAUGGCCAAUACAGUAUGCAGCUUAAGAACAAAGUCAACGAAUUCCACGAGUAUUGUAAACAAAAGUGCGAAAUGUUGUAUGAACGUGCAAUGGAAAUGAAAACUGAAAUUGCUUUGUGGGCGUACAAUUACUGGGAUGUUAGAGACAACGUGUUGGGACUGAAAAAGACCUUGUACAAAUUUGGUGCUGAGAAAAUCAAGGAAAUCAAGGACAUCGUCACUGAUGUUGGCAUGAAUACUUUGAUUUUCGACCCGAAACGUGGAGAGAUCAUUGUUGAGAUUCGCUUUGGUGCUGCCAAAUACGCCUACAACCACUUCAUGUCGAGUGUGGAAGAUCUAGAACGGGCUGUGAUGAAAUUGAGCAACCUUAUGCCAAAUAUCGACUUGAAUGUUUGGGAUAUUUACUACAUGAUGAAACCUUCUUCCGACCUCUACGAUUAUAUUCCUCCAUUCAAAGCUGAGGCCACUCUGUUCGCUGGUCAGCACAUCACUACAUUUGAUGGACGUCAUCUCAAUUACAAGGCUACAUGCAGCUACCUCUUGGCACGUGACUUUGUCGAUGGUAAUUUCAGUGUUGUGGCCAACUUUGACGCAGACCGUAGAGCAAAAACAUUGAAAUCGCUCAGCCUGACAACGGCUCAUAAUGAACAAGUGGAAAUAUUCCCAAACAACAAGGUAUUCUACAAUCGUCAGAUGGUGAAAUUGCCGCUGAAACUUACCGAUGCCACAGUCACUCGUCAAGACAACUUGAUCGUUGUGGAAAGCAAGCGAGGCUACAAAGUAAUGUGUGACCACGAUAUCCAACUGUACACCGUGCAAAUCAGCGGUUGGUAUUUCAAUAAAAUGGCUGGUCUUUUCGGUAACUACAACAACGAACCCGAAGACGACAUGCUCAUGUCUAAUAACAGAUACACCAACGAUUUGGAAAAGUUUGCCCAGUCGUGGUCAGUUUCCAGACAAUGUAGAUCUCAUCGUAACUUUGCCCCCAGCCACAUGGUUCCAGAGAACAGAGAUUGUGCACACUUUUUCUUACAAUCUGAUUCGCCAUUCCGUUACUGUUUCAAACAGGUAAAUCCUGACCAAUUCUACAAGACUUGUGCCAUGCAGUUGUCAUUUUCAAAGGCCACAUCAAUCGACUUAUGCUAUGUCAUUCGAAAAUAUGAAUCCCUGUUUCGGACGCGCAUCUUUGUAAAAUCGUUUGUCACUCAUUCACGAAAUAAAGUAAUGUAUGCAAAUUAUUGUCUGUUUUAUUUGCUUUUAUCCCUUCUUCAUCGUUUUUUUAUCUCCCUUUCUCUCUCUUUCUAUCUCUCUCUCUUUCUUUCUCUCUCUCCCCCUCUCUCUCUCUCUUUCUCAGAAAUGACGUCCACCUCCUAA